GCCGGGGCCGGGCAGCCUCGCCCGGGGCCAGCCAGGGAGCGAGGUCUGUAAUGGGUCUUCCUUUUAACAUAUUAAUGAAGCAGUAGUGACAAAAAUAAGGAAGGUUUCAUCCUUCAAACCAAGGACUUGUCAUGUCUUAUCAUUACAAUGAAGCCUUUGAAAAUCCAGACUAUCACUUCUCAGAGACAUUGGAAAUUGAUAGAAGGGGGAGUUCUCAAAGGAAUCGAUUCUCUCACCAAACCCCUUAUGAUUCAUCUCUGCAUGGUUCCUCUGGAGAACACAGAGGCAGGGAGCAGAACUACCCUGUUGCCAUCCCAAUGGCUUCCCUGGGACCUGGCUCUGACUACAGCCAGGAUUUACCCAGAACAGGUCCAUAUGGAAAUUUCACAGAUGAGCCUGAGCCAGAAGAGACUUACACCCCUUAUUCUACCUUCCAUAUGCUGGAUUAUCCCUACAUUCAUGGAAUUUCCAGUGGAUCAGAAGACAGCUUCAUUCGGAGACGCAACCGAAGACCGCCUGAUGAGAUCUUCAGCACUUCUUCCAGCAUGUUUGAAACAGAUCCUGUGUGCAAUGAAGAGGAAGAUUUAGUUGGAAGUCUUGCAAGUAUGUCCACCAAUGAAAGGAUUAAAGCAAUCCAGAAGAUGCCAGAGACCAUGAGAAAAAAAAGAGAGAUCAGAAACAAAGUUCUUAAAGAAAUAACAAAAAAAUCAAAGCAUCGUGGUGCUCAAAGUACACAGUGUCUGCAGGGAGCAGCAGUGUCAUUUCGGCGGUUUGGAAAUACCCUUUCAGAAUGUUUCCACCAACUGCGGCUAUGGCACAAGACUCUGAAGAUCAUUGGUGCUGAGUUUGGAACAAGUGUGCUUUCUUAUUUUGUUUUCUUGAAGUGGCUGCUAAAUUUGAACAUCUUCUCAUUCCUCAUAAACUUUGGUUUCAUCACAAUUCCUCAGUUUCUUGCAGCAGAACCAAAUAACCUUUCAUUCACGGGCCUGGAGGUGUUCACUGGAGCUGGUUAUUUUCAACAAACAGUGCUCUACUAUGGCUUUUACACCAAUGCUACAAUCAGUAAAGUGGAGAAUGGUCCAUCUUACAACAUGCAGCUGGCCUAUAUUUUCACUGUUGGAAUAUAUUUUGUCAUCUGUUUUCUUAUCUUGUUGUUCAGCAUGGCAAAAUUCUUCUCCAGAAACAUUAACUCUCAGACAUUCUCUGUGAAUGCCAGCAAGCUGCUCUGCACUUGGGACUUCAAUAUAACUAAUGAAAAAGCUGUGAAACUGCAACAAAAGAAUCUCCACACACAAAUAAAGGAAAGUCUCACUGAAGUCAACAAAGAAGUUCAAAAUUUUUCUGUGAUGGAGAGGGUUGCUCGUAUUGCUACUCAUCUUCUUGCUUGGCUUGCUUCCCUGGGCACAGCAGUAGCUGCUUGUGCUGCUGUUUACUUCCUCUCCAUUAAUAACCUUAAGCUGUUUAUGAAAGGGUAUAGAAAUGAUCUAGAGAGCCAAGCUGUCAUGUUGGUGCUACCUGUGAUUGUAUCUCUCCUCAACACAUUGAUCCCAUUCUUCUUCUCCUGGCUUGGGCACCUGGAGAAGUUUCAGACUCCUGGACAGCACAUAUAUGUCACUAUUACCAGAAAUACCAUCCUGAAAAUGUCAAUUGUUGGAAUACUGUGCUACUACUGGCUUAACAUCGUGGCUACCUCAGAGUCACAGUGCUGGGAAACUUUGGUUGGCCAAGAUAUUUAUCGUCUUGUUCUAGUUGACUUCAUAUUUUGUUUGCUUGGCUCUUUCUUUGGGGAGUUUUUACGAAGAAUUAUUGGAACUACAGUCUGCAUGAACCUAGGGCUGCCAGAAUUUGAUAUUGGACGAAAUGUUUUAGAUUUGAUCUAUGCACAGACUUUGACCUGGAUUGGUAUCCUGUUCUCACCUCUGUUGCCUGGUAUCCAGAUGAUAGCAUUUUUUAUAGUAUUUUUUGUGAAAAAGGUCAGUCUGAUGAGGAAUUGCCAGCCCCCUCGCAAAGUCUGGAGAACUGCUCAGAUGAUGACAUCCUUCAUUUUCCUGCUGUUUUGUCCUUCCUUCCUUGGAGUCCUGUCUGUCAUUGGAGUCACUGUCUGGAGGUUAAAGCCUUCAGAAGAAUGUGGUCCUUUCAGAGGUUUGUCGUCUAUGUAUGCUGCAGUCGAUGAGUGGAUACAAAUACUGCAAAGUUACACUGCCUCAAAAUGGGUAGUGUGGAUCUACCAUAAUUUAAUUUCAAGUGAACUUUUCUUCUUCAUCCUGUCUAGCGUUUUACUAGUUGUUAUUUAUCUUUACUGGCAAAUAAUACAAGGAAGAAAGACCAUGACUGAGCUCUUACGUAAGCAAAUUAAUAAUGCAGGAAAAGAUAAGAUAUUUCUGCUUAAGAAGCUACUAACACUGCAAAGGGCAAAGCGAAGCUCGUCUGCACUGGGAGGAAGAGGCCAGCAGAGAAGUGCCUCUUCAUCCAGGCAACCUGCCCAGGAGGUGCCAGACUACCCAGAAAGGGCAUUUGAGAGAAACCAAAACUCAUCCUACAAUGAGCAUCCCUUUUCUGUUGAGAUCUCAAGCAGCAGUGACUUUCCAUCAGCAGUGGUUUUUGGUGACAGCCUUCCCCCAGGACUGGCAUCACUUCGAUGCAGAAGGCUCCCUCCACAGCUGACCACGUGCUGUUGACUAAAUAGAAGGAAAAUUGUGCCUAACUGUAAAUAAAAGUUUCAUUUAAAAAAAUAUUUUUCUAAUAGUUAUAUUGUUUUAUCUGUUUUAUCAGCUUUUAUCUGAUCUACUGGUCAAAUAAACGGAAGUAUAUUGAAGUGCA